AUUGUACAGAAACGGCCGCGCGUUGACGCGGAACCUUUGAAAGACGCUUUUGUUUGCGGUCGGGGUUUGAAUCCCGGACCGACGGCAGGAAGCGAGGAGACGCAGCAUCGCUGUAAACGGCCCCGUUACGGCCCAGAGGCGGAGCCGGCUCGAGCAGGUCCCAGACCAGGCUAAGGGACGCGUUCCUUGGGGUCUCCCUGAGGGCCGCGAUGGAGGUGGGCGGGGCCCCCGCCGAGGUCCUCCUGCAGCGCCCGUGGCUUCCUGUGAGCAUCGGCGGCUGCCAGCUGCUCGCCAAGAGCUGGUUCGGGGAGACGGCGUACCACGUCCUGCUGACGGACGUGAGCUGUGUGUGGGAGGAGAGGAUGGACUCCUCGGCCAUCCAGAGGAGAGCGAAGGAGCUCAACAGACGUCUGCAGGCCGAGGUCGAGGCCUUCUUCUCCCACCUGUGUGACGUGGUCCGGCCCUGUCUGACAGGGAGCGACGGGCCACCCGACGGCGACGCCCACAUCUCGCUGGCGCGGCAGCCGGACGGAAACAUGCGCAUUAAGCUGAAGAGCAAGCUGGAGGAGCUUCCUUUCCACUGGGAGUUCCACUGCACCCCCGCCCCCGUCCCCGUGGUGUGCGGUCAGCUGGUGCGCCCCCUGCUGGCCAUGAGCCACCUGCUGCAGCGGCAGGUGGAGCAGCUGGGGGGUCUGCUGGGGAGGAAGGACGCCGAGAUCCAGGACUACAGAGAGAACGGAGCCACACUCAGCAGAGAGCGGCUGCAGACACACACCUAUGAGGAGGAAACAUACAGAGAGGAGUUCAUGUCAAAGACGGGCGCACAAACGUUCUGCCUCGUGGGCUGCCGAGGAGCCCACAGGCCGGCCGCGUGGCGCCGAGGUGUUGAGGCCAGUAGGAGCAUGGCGGCGACGGGGAGGUCCAAUGAGGGCUGCAGGAACCUUGGCGAGGAGGAAGGCUCCUCCUCGUCUUCCUCCGUGAAUCAUUGUCUUUCUUUUCUGGCCUCUGAACAAUCCGAGGCUCUGGGUUUCAACGCCGACCUCCAACGCCUGUACGCCGCGGUGGUCGCCCGCGGCAACGCUCGGAAACGCAAACUGUCCGAGGAGCAGCAGACAGCCGCCGUGGCCCCGUGUUUAGGUGGAUCCGUCUCCAGUGAAGCAGGUGAAGGCGGGAAGGAGCAGGCUGCUGCAUCCAAGAUGGCCGACAGACCCGGCGCACAUCAGUCUGUCCCCGUCCUGUCCAAUCCGCCCGCACGCCCGUCCUCCAAACCAAAGAAGAAGAAAGCAGUGGGCCUGUUCCGGUGACCUCCUCCUGUCUGAAGGGUGUGCUCCUUUUAACCAAGUUUUACUUUUGACAAAAUGACUUUGAUUAUGGCUCAACUUUUAGAUUAAAAAUGCUUUUAAAGUCUUAAUUAAACGUGUUUCAUUUUUGA